CAGUGUGAAGGUAAGUUCCUCACGCGUGUGAAGAUCUUCUUGCGCUCGAGCUCGUUCAGCUCUGUCGCGCUCUGCUCCAGGUAGAAGCGCGCCUUGUCACUGGGUCCGGCCAUGUCUGCGGUGUCGUCGUUCUGCGCAAAGUUGCCGUGGAAAAAAGUUGGGUGGAGCUCCAAAUCCAAAAUCCAGAGCCGCAGACGCCCCACCAGCCAAUCACGAUGCCGGCUUGGCCCGCAGUCAGGGCCCGGGACUGACCUCACAUGCAACGCGCUUCUCAGGAGAGCCGUCGCGUGUCCGCCGAGCCUCACACUCGUUUCUUUGCUUCGUUUGCUUCGUUUGCUUCCGGCACUUCCGUUGCUCCCUUCUCUUCAGCCCAGGGGGACACUCGUGCAGCGCUCCCAAUUGAUUAGUGAUGGCGCCCAAAUCCAGAGACGGCGACACAGUUGCAUCUUUUAAUGGAAAAUGGGUCUCGUACGCGCACACGGCCAUGGCCUACGCUGCCUUCGUCGGCGCCCUCGUUGUUGGCAUAUCGCUCCACUACCACAAGAUCGUCCAGAAUGAGAUUGCCGGCUACCCAGAGGAGUGGUUUCCCUCCGUCUCUGCCACCAUUGGCGACCGCUACCCGGAGCGGUCCGUCUUCAUGCUCUUCAUCGCCCUCACAUCUGGUCCUCGCCUGGCUCUCGUCGGUCUCUGGUACAUCUUGACUCGCCGUCCCAACUCGACCCUCCCCAAGUUUGUUGCCGGUGUUGGCGUCUUCCGAACACUGACCUGUGGAGGAUGGACUUACGUCACGUCGACUGAUGACCAUGACUGGCACGACAUAUUCAUGAUCUCGUAUUUGGUGGCUACUCUGCCCUGGACGCUUGGCUGCUUUGCCUUGAGCCCGCGCAACCCUAUCGCCAUCAGGUACAGGAAGCUUUUCGCCGGGUCCUUCUUUGCGACCCUCGUACCCUUGGUCUACUUCUUUAUCCAGCACAAGGUGCACCGCAUCCCUGGAGCGUACACAAUCUACGCCUUCUUCGAGUGGUCGCUCGUUCUGCUCGAUGUUGCAUUCGACGCAGUCACAAUGAUCGAGUUUGCCAACUUUGAGAUUGUUGUGAAGGAUGUCCGAGGUGUAUCUCGCGGUGCUGCCAACAAAGCCGUCUCUGACGCUGUCCUCGAAAAAGAAAAGGAGAAGGACAUCGGCGCUGUCUUCUCUGGAGCCUUCUCCUGGGUUGGCUUCAUUGAUGCUGCUGCUGACGUCUACACUGGAUUUGUCUUCUGGUCCAUGCUGACUGCUCUCGGAGUGUGCGUCUGGUACUUCCCACUCUGGCAUAUGGGCAUCUCUGGUUACGAGGUCAUGGUCAUGUGCACCAUUUCUCCUUUCUUGCUCUGCGUGCGAUCGCUGCGCUUCCUCGUCGUUCGCCACGUCCGCAUCUGCCAUCUCUUGUCACUCUCCGGUCUGCUCUCCUUCCGCGCCGAAACACCCGAGAACCGCCUCUUCUCUGCUGGAUUCGGUGUAUGGAUGGCCUGCUUGUCCUGGACCGCGACGUUCUAUGGGGAGAGGUCGCAGCCACACCGUCUGGAGGCACGCAUUUCUGCUUUCUCACUGGGUCUGAUCGCAUCUAGCAUUGCAAAGUUCGCCUUCUACACAAACAACCCCAUCUGGCCCAUCAUGCACGAGGCUAACGGUGGCUGGAACAAGACCGGUCUUGUCGUUGCUGUCCUUGCCAUUCUGAGGUCGACAAGGUCGACUGCCAGCUCUGGCGCCGACAUCCCAGCUCCUGGCCCUACCAAGGGUUCCUCUACACUGUCCGCUUUCGGUAUCGCUGGCCUCUUCUUCGCUAUGCACUCUCUGCUGUCUGACUCCAGCACUAUGAUUUCGUGGGUAUGGGAAGGCUAUCCAGUUCGAGGCCCGCUCGCCGUUCCCCACGGUGCAGUCACUCUGCUCGCCAUGGGUUUUGGUCUCUUUAUUGGUCUGCUUGCGCCAAACGUCUCGCGCUCAUGGGCGUUCUAUGGAGUAGGAUCCAUUGGAGCUGCUGUCUUGACCACGUCCAAGCACUGGACUGGUUACUACGGGGCCCUGGUCAUUGCCAUCUACACCAUGGCAGUUGCACCUGCCCUGAUCUCUCAGGCAGCUCGCCACUCUCCAGCUAAGACUUUCGGUCUUGGCUUCCUGGUUUACAAUUUCAUGGUCUUGUUCCACGUUUGGGUCGUCGCGUACGCUUUCGUGCCCGGUGGUCCUCUUGUCCGUGAGCGCACUGACUGGGUCAUGACCACAAUGAUGCUCCUCAUUGGUGCAGGUGUCUUCAGCGUCUCGGCCCAGCCUGCAGCUCUGAAGAGCUACAAGGGUAAGCCAACAGUCACUGCCGCCGCUAGCAGACAGCGCUCAUACUACCUGUACGUUCUGGGCUUCCUCGAACUCCUCGCCAUCGCGACCGCCUACCUUCGCUUUCCAACCUACGACUACACCCCCUACCACCCGGAGACCAAGUCCAUCACCGCCGGCAUCUGGACGAUCCACUUCUCCCUCGACAACGAUAUGUGGUCUUCGGAGCACCGCAUGCGCGAUUUGAUAAAGGAACUCGAGGUUGACGUAAUAGGGCUGCUAGAAUCCGACCUGCAGCGCAUCAUCAUGGGCAACAGGGACACGACGCAGUUCCUCGCCGAGGAUCUGGGCAUGUAUGUCGACUUCGGCCCCGGCCCCAACAAGCACACCUGGGGCUCUGCUCUGCUCUCCAAAUUCCCAAUCGUAAACUCAACACACCACCUCCUCCCCAGCCCCGUCGGCGAACUCGCGCCCGCCAUCGAAGCCACAAUCAACGCCUACGGCACGCUCGUCGACGUGUUCGUGUUCCACUCGGGCCAGGAAGAGGAUCCCGAGGAUCGCCGCCUGCAGAGCGAGUACCUCGCUGCGCUCAUGAAGGCUACCCCCCGCCCCGCGAUUCUGCUGUCUUAUCUCGUCAUCAAGCCUGGCGAGGGCAACUACAACACAUAUGUGGGCGAAAAGAGCGGGAUGAAGGAUAUCGACCCCAGCGACUGGGAUAGGUGGUGCGAGUACAUCCUGUACAAGGGGUUGAAGCGCACAGGCUAUGCGAGGGUCAGCAGGCACACGAUUACAGACACGGAGCUGCAGGUUGGCAAGUUUGUCGUCGACCAGCCAGAGAACGGAAACGAUGUCAUCCCCGAAGACCAGGUUGCGCCUGGGCUGCGCUUCCCAGAUCUGUUCAAGGGCGAGGGCGUGCGAGGACACAGGUACCACGUCUUCAACGAGCCGCGGUACUACGCCUAGCAAGCAUCGCACUUCAGCGACCUAGCCAGAAAGGCAGGACGAGAGGCGACAAGAUCUGCAUCAAGAUCCGCAUCAAGAUCCGCAUCAAGAGCCUCGGCGAUGGAGGCGCAAUA